ACUUGGAAAGCCAAUUUUAAUUUAAAUUGAAAGCGAUCUGUCAAUCCGUGACUUGAGGAAGCCAUUUCUCAGAACUGAAAUAUUUUUGUGAACGAAUAGCUGAAGACGCUUUUAUUUUUAUUCCUUUUUUUUUUUCCUUUUCUUUUUUUUUGUGAAUUUCUUCGCCUGUCAGAUAUUGUAGCCAUUUACAAAGUGGACAGUGGAAAACAAUUACAGCGAACAAUGCCAGUAAGAUGACAGAACAGCCUUCUGGUGCAAACAUUUGCUCAACGAACUCGAAAACAAUUUGUCGUAUGUUGUUGUUCAGUUGCCAGACUCCAAAAUUACGGACAGUUCGUGUAUUAAUCCGCCAUAGUAGCUGUAACUAAAAAGAUAAUAUACCUGACAACUGAGGACAUCCGUCGUGUUUUACACAAGAUUUGAGAGGAAAAUUUUAAUCCAGAAAUCGAAACAAAUACUGACGUCAGUUUUUUCCAUUGAUACCGGCCAGCAAGUCCUCGCGCUGCUUUUACUCGAUUCCAUCAGUUUCGUUUGCGUAGCGAUUGCUGUGGUUGGAAUAAUCUAGCUACACUGAGAAGUCACAAGAACUUCAAUAGAAAAGAUGCGCACCAUACUUGUGUGUCCGUAGUUAACUGAAGCUAUUACGAAAUCUGCGUGGGAAAUCCUUUCUGUCUAUUCGCGCUGUAAAGCUCUGCAAGAGAAAUCAUUUCAUCGACGCUGGAGAGAUGGUGUUUUGGACUGAGAAUUGGAAUAAAAUUGUUUGUAAGUGAAUCAAGAGUACGCGAAAUUCAUGCUUCAUGUGGUCCAGUGGCUUUCUGGCAACAAUAUUUUGAGGAUUUCUGUGAUAAACUGCAGUUAAACAAGCCUGGCGAGUCUCGCUGACAAAUAAAUAUUGAUUGCCUUUUAAACCAGGCGAUUCGGCUUAAGUAAUCGGCACGUUGCGGGUGGCACAGCGAGAAGACAAUAUUGAACGCGGGUAGCAUUUCACUAAAUUAACUUGGAAACUGAAAUGCUGGAAUAUACUCUGUAGAGAAAUUAAAGGAAGGCAGUCAACAAUGACAGAAGACGAUCAGUUCUCUGUCUCAGAGCCUUCGAGCUUCAGUGAACAUAGUGUAAACUACAACUCGGCAAUUCAAAAAACGAAGAGGAAAGUUCAAUUUUCAGAUCCACUGGAACAUUGGAGAGAAUUUGACAAAGAAACCGGCGAGAUGUACGAACUAAACGAUUCAAAAAACACGCACGAGGAAAGCAUGAAACAACAAUUAGAAAAUACAGUAACAUGCGACAAAGAUCAAGACACUGAUAGUGGUCAGGAAAAACUCGACUGCAAGGGUGCCGCGAAAACGCAAAGCAUUACAGAGGUUAUCCAAGCUUUUCAAAAACGACAGUACAGAAGAACAGACGUAUCGAAACAGACGCAAGAAAAACCUCGGCGAGAUCUCGACGCUGUAAUAAAAAAGAACGCAAAAUCCUCGUCAAGCUCUUUACACACAAAGCAGCUGAAACAUAGUCGUUUGCUUUGCAAUAUGUCAACUUGCUCUAAAUUGGCAACAGACGGAGAGUUUUUGUUAAAUCUUCGUAAAGAGCCUUCGCUUAUCCAAAGCUACUGCACAUAUUCAUUUUCGAGUUCGAUGGGAAUGUUGACGGGCUUUAAAGUGUCCCCACUGCCGUUGGUUUCCACAAGUCGUAAGUUAUACGACGAAAGAUUGCUCCCAAGGACUGUAGUUACCAGCGUGGAAAGAAAAUAUCCUUCAAUAAGGACUGCAAAAUACGACAGCGGAUUGCCACCAGUCGGACAGCUGUCAACGCCACAUAUUGUACAACUCUUUGACUGAUUGAUUUCUAGACAUUUAUACAUCUUACCUGCAUGGAAUUAGAGUCUGGACGAAGGUUUUGGAAUCACAAUUUAUUAACCAGUUAGACUUCGUCAAUUUUCCAUGCAUCUGACUGACUGACUGACUGACUGUCCUGCUGACUGACUGA